AUGGCACCUCCGAGCGGAUCGGCGGCAUACAAGAAGAAAGAUGGCACCCUGACCAUGUCUCAGGACGGCCAGUCCAUCUCGUGGAUUCCUGCAGCUGGCGGCGCUGCCGGAACGAUUACGAUUCCAGUUUCUCAGAUCACUAAUCUACAGCAAACCCCGGCUAGUAACCCCAAAGUGAUGCUCAAGAUCUUCGUUCUCCCUCCCAGAACGCCGAACGAUUCCCCAGAUCAAUACGUCUUCUCCUUCACGGCCGGAGCCAACGCCCGUGCGGAAGCGAACGCCAUCAAAGAUGCACUCAGCGCCGCCAUCCAGGCCGCCAAAACCGCCGUGAGCGCGACCCCAACUCCGACGCCCGGUCGGACAGGUACCCCCGCCGGCGGGGAAGGGAUGUCAGCCGCCAUGGCGAUCUCGAGCGCGGUGUCCUCGGCCGGGCGGGCCCUAAAACCGUGGGAUGACGACCAGCGGCUCAAGGCGGACGUGGAGCUGCAACAGUCGCUGCUCAAGGCCGAUGCGAACCUGCAGCGCAUGUUCAUGGAAUCGCUGCACACCAAACCAGACACUCUGUCUGCCUCGCAGUUCAUGUCGCAGUUCUGGUCGACGCGGCUGCACCUGCUGCGGGCGCACGCGAUCGAGCGGUCGCAGACCCGCGGCUCGUACAAUGUGCUGUCGUCGCUGAAGCCGCGAGUCGAGGACAACGUGACCAAGCUCAAUAUCAGCAAGGAGCAGAUUCAGCUCAUUUUCAGCCAGCAUCCGCUUGUGAAGAGGGUAUAUGAUGAGAAUGUGCCGAAGCUGAGCGAGCAGCAGUUCUGGUCGCGAUUCUUUCAGAGUCGACUGUUCAAGAAACUGCGCGGCGAGCGCAUCUCCGAGAACGAUGCCACGGAUGCCAUUCUCGACAAAUAUCUGCGCGAGGACGAGCAGGCGAAUCUCGAGCGGGAGGCACACGUGCCGCACUUUUUGGAUCUGGCGGGGAAUGAGGUCAAUAACAGCCAAAGGCGCGGGAAUCGGCCGGAUCUAGACAUGCGGCCGUCUAAGGUUCCCAUCAUUCGGACGCUCAAUACGCUGAGCGAGAAGAUUAUGGCGAAUGUGGCGCCGGUGGAUCGCGACCCGUCAGCGCCCGUCGGCAUCGACGAGGAGACGUACAAUGAGCUGCAGUUGCGGGACUUGCGCGGGGACGAUGAACAGAACCGGAUUCUAUUGAAUAUCCGGGAUCAGAGUCGGUUUUUCUCGCAGGCCAAAGUGACCGAAGAUGAGCAGAGCCGGCUGUUUGCCAAGCAGGAUCCCGACCAGAUUAUCCGUGACCUACGCGGCCAGAUCGACCGGGACCUGCCGACCGAUGGGACAGCGCCUCUAGGGAAGCUUGUGGAACCAGAGGAACUUGAAGAUGAGGACGAGCGGAAACAAGAUCAGCGGGUCGGAUCGCAGGCCAACUUGCAGCGCGCAUCGAAGCAGAUCCUUGACGCCAUCCGUGACCGGCGCAACCAGACGGAGGCGUCAUCCAUUGGGGGGACAUACGGAUUGUCGACCAAUCUCUAUGACAGGCUAACCCUGACCCAUGCGACGACCACGGAGUUCCUCCAUCAAUUCUGGCAGGCUUUUCUGUCUGGAAAUCCCGACCGUGCGGCCGAGGUGGCAUCGCUUGUGGAAUCGCUGAACCGGGCCAUGGAACGCAUCCAGUCUGUAGCAAACGAUGCCGAGGCGGAACGCCAGGUGGAAGUAAACCGACUCAAGCAGCAUGCGCGCGAGGUACUAGAGGCUACGGGUAGGAAGAUCCGCCUGAAUCUUGCGGGAGUUACAGGUGGAGAGAAGGCCGUCAAGCAGUUGCUGGGUCCCACGAUCCGAGCAUUGGAGACUGCUUUGGCCAAGUACAAUACGGCAUACACUGAAGAAAUGCAGCGAUUGCAAUCGCUGGAAAAUAGAUAA